CCAUAACUCAUUAUUUUUAAGUAUAGUAACAAAAAAAAUAAAAAAGAAUCGAUUAAGGCUCUCAAAGAGUCAUAGCUUGUGUGUCUCAUCAACAUGGAGAAACUAUCAAAAAUGAAAAACAAGUUUUUCAAGUUUCUACCAAAACGACCUGUAGCUUCGGUUUCUAGUUAUCAAAACCCAACAUUGAGUCCUAACGCAAGUGUUACAACUGCAAGAAAGGUUUCAAUAAUUCCAAAAGAAGCGCGAAGAAAGCAUAGAAGUAUAAGCUUUAGCGCGCGAGAACCAUCCUCUCCUAAGGUUUCUUGCAUGGGUCAAGUGAAGUCUAAGAAGAAGAAAAGAAAGGCCAAAAGGAUUCAUCAAUCUUCAACAAAAAAUAAUGAUUCUGUUACUAGUCAUGAAAAUAAGAAGAUUCUGUUACAAAGUGAGAAAGCUUUGGUCGUGGAAGAGAACCAAGAGUUUGCACCCUCUAUGUUGAUAGUACCGUCAUUGGGUACGAUGAAAAAAUUUGAAAGUGGUAGAGGUUCAUUGUCUGAUUUUGAUGCUACACUUGCAGAGAGGUGAUGUUACAUUCUUAGUAGUUAGUAGCUUAGUUGAAAAAUUAAUCUGGUGAUACAGAUUGUGUGGAAAAAGAAUGUUAGCACAAGUUAUUGUUGUGAUAUCUAUUUAUGAUGGCUGUUUUGUAAAGUUUAUAUCGGAGAAAACUAAAAUAUGUUUAAGUUAUUUUCUUAGCAAGAUGAAGAGUGUGAUUUAGUUAGUAUGGAGUAAUAAAUAAACAACUAGGUUCUUCUGCUUUAUGUAGCUUGAGAAAAAAUUAGUGAUCAAUAAGCAAUGGUUUUCCUCCUGUAAA